AUGGAGCCUAGCAUUAAGAAUGUUGCCAUUUAUCUCUGCUUCUUCUUUUGUGUGUUGAGCCCUGCAUUCGCUGUGAAAACUUGUGAUGUCCCAGCAAUAUUUAACUUUGGUGACUCAAAUUCGGAUACUGGUGGACUGUCUGCUUCACUUUCUCUACGUACCAGCCCUUACGGUGAAACUUUCUUUCACAUGCCUGCAGGGAGAUACUCUGAUGGACGACUGAUUAUCGAUUUCAUUGCUGAGAGUUUCGGUCUGCCGUAUCUCAGCACGUAUCUUGAUUCACUUGGCACCAACUUCACGCACGGUGCAAAUUUUGCCACAGCAGCGUCCACCAUUAGACUACCCAUCAGCAUGAAGCCGAAUGGCCGCUCCAGCCCUUUCUACUUGUACCUCCAAUACUUACAAUUCCAGCAAUUCAAAUCUAGGUCACAAAUAAUCAGAAAACGAGGAGGAAUAUUUGCAAAUUUAAUGCCAAAAGAGGAAUUCUUUUCCAAAGCUUUGUACACUUUUGAUAUUGGUCAGAAUGAUCUUGGUGUUGCAUUCUUUCUUAACAAGUCCGUAAAAGAAGUCAAUGCAUCAGUCCCUGAUAUCGUCAAAAAGUUCUCCGCAACUAUCAAGGAUAUAUACAAUUUGGGAGGUCGAUCAUUUUGGAUACACAAUACAGGACCAAUUGGGUGCCUGCCUUAUAUUUUGACGUAUUUUCCCUCACCAAAAGACGGUGCCGGUUGUGCAAAGAUUUACAAUGAGUUAGCUCAGCUUAAUCUCAAGUUGAAGGAAGCUGCCGUUCAACUCAGGAAAGAUUUUCCUUCGGCUGCAUUUACAUAUGUUGACGUCUACUCUGUCAAGUACUCCAUGUUUAAGGAACCACAAAAAUGCGGAUUUGAGCUUCCACUUGUAUCUUGCUGUGGUUAUGGCGGGAAGUACAGUUACAACAGUGAUGCAGAAUGUGAAGAAACGAUUGUUGUUAAUGGCACCAAAAUAUUUGUGGGUUCAAGUGGACGCCCCUCGGUUCGUGUAAAUUAUGAUGGAAUUCACUACACAGAGGCUGCUGCAAGGUUUGUUUUCGAUCAAAUCUCUACUGGAAAUUUCUCGGAUCCCCCUGUUCCAUUAAAAAUGGCAUGUCACACCUCUUAA